AUGCGAGAACUUCGCAUCGAAAAACUAGUUCUAAACAUUUGUGUAGGUGAAUCUGGGGACAGAUUAACACGAGCUGCAAAAGUGCUCGAACAAUUAACCGGCCAAACGCCAGUCUACUCAAAAGCUCGGUACACUGUACGCUCGUUCGGUAUCCGACGUAACGAAAAAAUCGCGGUCCACGUCACGGUUCGUGGUCCUAAAGCUGAGGAGAUUUUAGAGCGUGGUCUAAAAGUAAAAGAAUACGAACUGAAAAAGAGUAAUUUCUCAGAGACUGGGAAUUUUGGGUUCGGUAUUCAGGAACACAUCGAUCUUGGUAUCAAGUAUGAUCCAUCUAUUGGUAUUUAUGGAAUGGAUUUUUAUGUGGUGCUUGGAAGGCCGGGACAACGUGUUUCGAGGAGACGACGUGCUCAGACUAAGGUUGGCUUUAGCCAUCAAGUAACAAAAGAUGAGACAGUCAAAUGGUUUAAGCAACGGGCAGAAUUCAUCAAAGCCGCGGGGGAUGUCAAAAAUUUGCCAACUAAGCCAACUGAUGAACAAUUGCUAGAAUUGUACGGUCUGUACAAGCAAGCUAUUUUUGGUGAUAAUGAAACUCCGAAACCCGGAAUGUUUGAUCUCAAAGGAAAAGCUAAAUGGGAAGCAUGGACGAAAAAGAAAGGUAUAUAUUUACUUGAACAACAAAGGAAAAGGCACAAGAAGAAUACAUUGCUUACGUUCAAGGACUCUUGA